CGGCGCAGUGCCGGCGCCAGCCGGCCGGCAGCCCGCAGGCAGUCCACCUGCGUGCGGGCGGUGCUGGAUGCCACAGAGGCCAACUGGGAGGAAGAAGUCCUCAAGGUGAGGCCAGCUGUGCCCGUGCUGGUGGAUGUGUGGGCCACCUGGUGCGGCCCCUGCAAGCUCAUGUCGCCGCUGAUGACGUGGGCAGAGAAGGAGUAUGCGGGUGCGCUCAAGGUUGUGAAGGUGGAGGCGGACCCCAACCCCGCGCUCAUCGAGCAGUACAAGGUGUACGGCCUGCCCUGCUUCCUCAUCUUCAAGGGCGGCGCGCUGGUGGAGGGCAGCAAGGAGGAGGGUGCCAUGCCCAAGAAGCAGCUGGUGGAGUAUCUGGCCAAGCACGGUAUC